CGCUGUCUCUCAAAUGAUUUUCAUUUAUUUUAGUCUUUAUUUCAAAUAUUAUUUUAUUUCUUCGCUUAUGUUUUAAUUGUAUUAUCAUUUCUGGCCUUUUGUUUGCCUCUCAAUGUAGUCCUCAGCUGUGAAUCCAUGCAAUUCAAUGCAAACAUGAGUUUUGUGUCCAAAUUACACGACUUAACCGCAUAGUUGUCAACAAAACCAGUGAUUUGUUGCCACAAUCGACACACAAAUCGCAUAAUUAUCUCAUUUAUCGCCAACACAUACCACGAAGACAUGGAGCAGGAAAACAACGUUAGGGUUGCGCUCAGGAUUCGGCCACAACUGCCCAAAGAAGUGAUAGACAUGUGUAAGACGUGCACAAGAGUCCUACCAAAUGAGCCACAGGUAUGGCUCGGAGCAGAUAAGGCCUUCACAUACGACCACGUCUUCGACUCCAACUCCAAACAAGAGUCCGUUUACGAAGACUGCGUCCAAAAGCUCAUCGAUGGUUGCUUCGAGGGAUACAACGCCACAGUCUUGGCCUACGGACAGACCGGCUCUGGAAAGACGUAUUCAAUGGGAACGGGUUUCGACAUCGGAUCCACUUCUGAAGAGAAAGGAAUCAUUCCUCGAGCUGUUGAGCACCUCUUCAAUGGUAUAGCAGAGCGCCAAAGAGGAGCCCGAGAACGUCGGGAACCGAUCCCUGAGUUCAAAGUGAUCGCACAGUUCCUGGAGCUCUAUAACGAAGACAUCAUUGACCUCUUGUCCGACGAACGAUCCAAACACUCGCAGAUUAAAAUCCAUGAGGACUCCAAUGGAGGCAUUUAUAUCAAUGGUGUCAACACUAAGACAGUGCAGACCAUUGAGGAGACACUUCAGUGCCUCAAAAUGGGAGCCCUUUCACGUACGACAGCCUCGACUCAAAUGAACGCCCAGUCAUCUCGUUCUCACGCGAUCUUCACUCUUCACGUCAAACAACACAGAGUGACACAAAUUGAUGAAUCAUUCGGCGAAGAACUUAAUGAACAGAUGAACACCGAUUUAGGCCCUCAAGAGUUCGAGACACUGACCGCCAAAUUCCAUUUUGUGGAUUUGGCCGGUUCUGAACGGCUCAAGAGAACCGGUGCUACCGGUGAGAGGGCUCGAGAGGGCAUAUCCAUUAACUCCGGUCUGUUGGCGUUGGGGAAUGUCAUCUCUGCGUUGGGAGAUAAGGCCAAACGUGCCACACAUGUGCCCUAUAGGGACUCCAAACUUACGCGACUUCUUCAGGACUCGUUGGGCGGCAAUAGUAUGACUCUUAUGAUCGCUUGUGUGAGUCCUAGUGAUCGAGAUUUUAUGGAGACUUUGAAUACUCUUCGCUACGCAAACAGAGCCAAGAAUAUCAAGAACAAAGUGACCGCAAAUCAGGAUAAGUCGAGUCAAACGAUAACAGCUUUGCGCCGAGAAAUACAAGAGUUGCAGAUAGAGCUACAGGAGUACAAACAGGGCAAACGAAUCAUCGAUGGCGAUGGCACUGAAAAGAUCAAUGAUAUGUUUCACGAAAACAAUAUGUUGAUGAAUGAAGUGGCAAAUCUUAGGACAAGGAUUAAAGCUCUUCAGGAGACUAAUGAACGAAUCACUGCCGCCAACACUGAAUUGCUUGUGGAGAGGGAGACCGGCAAUUGGCUCAACUCGGGAACGGGUGACAAGUCGGACAUCUCCUCAUUAGUGAAGGGAUAUAUGAAAGAAAUCCAGGAUUUGACCACAAAAUUGAUUGAAGUGGAAGAGACCUGUUCUAUACUUAGGAAACAGAAUAACCGAAGCGGUCACAGACUGUCGAUGAGUCCCUAUCAUGGCGGGGGUGCCGUCGCUAUGACCGGUCACUACGACGUCGGCUUCAAUGAUGAGAAGACAACGAACGAAGUGAUCAGUGAAGCGAAGAGAGAUGUCUUGAAAAUGAAGAGAAUAUCUAAAAUCCGAAAGCGAUCUCUUCAGAAGGACAAUGGCUCUGACACUAAUGGCAACGAUAUUGACGUAAACAACGGUUCCAGUAAUAGUCUGAAUGAAGAGAAUGAAGAUCAAGAAGAGAGCGAUUCGGACUCCGAUGACGUGGAGGACAGUUCGAUGUCUGAUGACGAGCAACAAAAGGCUCAGAACGCUAUAAACACGGCUGAGAAAGAACUCUAUGACUUGACUUCAGAGAUAUCACUGAAAGAGAAACUGAUUAUUGAAUUAGAAAAGAGUCAGAAAAAGAUGUCACAAAUGAGACAACAAUAUGAGGAUAAACUUCUUCAGCUCCAGAACAAGAUAUCAGAAACGGAGUCCGAAAGGGACAAUGUGUUGUCAAAACUGAAUUCAGUGGGUAAUCAGGGCGACGAUAAGGCAAAGAAAGUGAAGGAUGAGUACCAGAAGAAGUUGAACACAUUGCAGACGGAAGUGAAGAAACUUCAAGCGGCCAAACGCGAGCACUCGCAGGCUAUGCGCAAUCAAAGCGCUAGUGAGACACAGAUGAGACAAUUGCGGAACGAAGUGAUGGAAAUGAAGAAACAAAAAGUCAAAAUCAUGGCCAAAAUGAAAGAAGAGACUCAAAAGCAUAGAGAGGCUGAGAUUCGUAACAAUAAAAAGAUAUCUCAACUCUCGAAACAGGAGCGACAGAAAGACAUAAAAAUUAGAAGCCUUGAAGUGGAGAGCAAUCGAUAUAAAAGUCUUUUGAAACGCAAAGACGAAGAGUUUAAUGCAUUGAAGAGAAGAUUCAAACCAAUGAGUGAUAGAGUGGCCGGUCGUAUACCGAACGGCGGUUCACGGAAGGGGAGUCGCGCCACACCUUUCUCUCCGGUGGCCGCGAAGAUGAAGUGGCAGAAGUUGGAGACAGAUAUCAACAAAAUUGUUUUGAGUAAACAAAAUGUUACGCUUCACGAGCGAGCAAUGGAAAGGUAUCUCCAGCAGAGACAACAGUUGAGCCGAUCUCUGGAUAGAACUAAUCGCAAGUAUGAGGCGGCGCUCAGAACCGGUAAACACGAAAACGAUAUUCGAGUUCUUAAAGAAGAGAUCGAAACCAUCGAAGCGAACCUUAAAUAUAUCAACGAAAACAUCAAUGACUUGCAGUCAUCUAUUGUCCAGUUGUCCGACAUUGACAGUGAUGUGACGGAUAUGAUUGGUUACCUAAACAGCGAUGAAGUCAAGUAUCUGUUCAACAAAGUGCUGGCGAUGGCGGUCAGCAACUCAUUGGUGGCCACACAGAGGGAAGAGGAGAAGAAGGAGAUUGAGAUGAAGUAUAAACAGGUGGCCGACAGUAGUCUCAUUCAAGAGCAGCUCCUAAACCAUGUGUUGGACACGACUUUCCUCGAGGGCAACGAAGAUAAUUUGAAAUUAGAGGCAGACAUUCCCGACCUGAAUCCUAUUCCAUACGAUUUUGAGCAUCAGUUUGCAAUUCCAGCCAUUCCUCAGUCCACGCGAACCAGUACUCCAUCCAAAGAGAAGGCGCGCCGAACCACUCGUACUCCUCAGGAGUUACUCUUCGAUAUGACUGUCGACCACAAAAACAAUUGCAAUAAUGAUGUCAUGACUCAGAGCUUAAUCGCGCCAAACAUUAUCACUGAAGAGUCGGAUCUCCAGCGCGUCCCCAGCGCUCCCUCUUUGAAGGAUUGUCUAUACUUUGCCCCCAAAUGUGAACUCUUUUAUUCUCCUGCUUUCAAACGCAAAACCUACGAACGAUUGCCUAUUGUUAAUGAGCCGACACUCGCACGUCGGAUGCGAACCGCAACGCUCUCCUCCUCAGGAAAUUCUCUCUCUUCUAAUCAACCGCUCACUUAUGUCUCCAGACAGCUCUCACAGGAAUUGAGUAGUGAAACAACACCUCCCGUCUCCCCCUCUGUCCAGAGGAGGAAUCGCGACGCCGCCGGCAAUGUCUUCUCUAGACUAACCAACGGCUCCAUAACUAACAAUCCAUUAAAUAUCGAUAGAGCUGGAAAUAUAGUUCCCUUUACGGGAAGAAGUGAUAAAAGUUCGCCUCUGGUCUGCACACACACUGCCGAAGGACACACGAGACCAGUACUUAGUGUUGUGGCCACUAAUGAUGUCCUGUUUAGUGGCUCUAAAGACUGUUCCUUAAAAAUAUGGGACUUACAGACGGGUCAGGAGAUCCAAUCAAUCAAUGAUCACCCGGACUCUGUCCAAGUGGUCCGCUAUAAUGAAUACAAUAGACUUGCGUUCUCAGCGUCCAAAUCAUUCAUUAAGGUGUGGGACCCGAGAGAUAGUCCGGCCCGUUGUAUCAAAACACUUAAUUCUUCAGGUCUUGUCAGCCAAAACACGUCCACUAACCUCAACACAACCAAAGCCGAGUUGGCACCGGGAGAGGCUCCCAUCCUAGACGUCCAAUUAAGUACUUAUGGCACCACACUAUUCAGUACAUGUUCACGAAUUGUUAGGGUUUGGGAUCUCAGAAUGUUUCAUUGCAUCGGAAAGUUAAACACUGGACAUAAGGCGGACAUAAUGUGUUUGGCCGUAGAGGAGGCCGGUGUUGAUAAUAAUUUAGUGAUAACUGGAUCUAAAGAUCAUUACAUAAAAGUGUUUGAAAUGAUCGAAGGGGUGGGAGGUAUACACAAUCCGAAGAUGAGCCUAAAGCCACCCCAUUAUGACGGCAUCGAAGCCCUCAAAAUUAGCGGUGAUUUCCUAUUUUCCGGUAGUCGUGACGCCUGUAUCAAGAAGUGGGAUCUUCAGAGUCAAAGACUGGUUCAGUCGCUGAACAACUGUCACAAAGAUUGGGUCCUAGCGUUGAACACAAUGCCGAACAGCAAUACACUGGUCAGUGGCUGCAGAAGUGGACAAAUGAAACUCUGGUCAACAGAGAACUGUCAGCUCAUGGGUGAUAUCAAAGCACAUACCAGUGCUAUUAACUCAAUCGACACCAACUCGAGCCUUGUGUUCACCGCUUCAUCCGAUAAUACAAUAAAUCUGUGGCGUUGGAGGUCUACCGACCCCUCACCCGAUUAUAUCGAUUGUCUAACUGAGUGAUAGUCUUCAAUAUCAAAAUGUAUCCA